AUGCAUCUCUCCCUGCUCCUUCCCCUCCAAGCAGAGCUAACUGGUAACACCGGUCAGCCCGAAGGUCAGUGCAGCCAAUCUUCCCGACAGCUCUAUCUCCGGUUGCACAUUUUACGUCCGCGACACCCGGAGUGGCCAACGUUUCUUGGUUGACAUUAGUGGCCAGCUAAGUGUUAUUCCACCCACACCAGCUGAUCGUCGGUGCCCCAAUCUCGGUCUUUUCCUACAGGCCGUAACCACAUCGCCGAUUACCACAUUUGGCACCUGCUCCCUCUCUCUGGACCUCGGUCUCCGGCGUCUCUUCCCUUGGAUCUUCGUCCUUGCUGACAUCCCAUGUGCCUUUCUCUGGGCAGAUUUCCUCGCAGCUUUCGAUCUUCUGGUCGACUGCCGUCAGUCACGUCAUCACGACCAAACUACCAACCUCACUGUCGGAGAUAUCUCUUCCUCCGACGCUUCCUGUCAACUCUCCGUCUUGGACGCUGAAGCCGAGAAUCCAUUUCGGCUACUCCUCGCCAAAUACCCCGCCCUCACUCUUGCCAACUUCAACGCUUCUAUUCCACCACACGACGUUGUUCACCAUAUCCGGACCAUCGGUCCUCCCGCGUUUUCUCGCCCCCAGCCGUCUCGCGCCUGCACGUCUUGCUGCCGCCAAGUCCGAGUUCGAGCACAUGCUUCAAAUGGGCAUCAUCCGUCAGUCUGAAAGCCCAUGGGCCUCAGCCCUCCGCAUGGUUCCAAAGGCCGCCACUGGUGACUAGCGCCCCUGCGGUGAUUACAGGGCCCUGAAUAACGUUAAUGUCCCAGACCGCUACCCUGUCCCACAUCUUCAGGAUUUUGCCGGUGUCCUAUUCGGCAAGUCUGUAUUCUCGAAGAUUCAUCUGGUCCGUGCUUUCCACCAAAUUCCCAUAGCCCCAGAGGACGAUUCGAAGACGGCCGUUACCACUCCCUUUGUCUUCUUUCAGUUCCUGCGCAUGUCGUUUAGACUUCGCAACGCCUCCCAGACCUUCCAAAGGUUCGUAGACAGAGUGCUUUACGGCCAACCAUUUGUCUACGCCUAUAUCGAUGACCUUCUGGUAGUCAACUCAACCGCCGAAGAACACAUGGAGCAUCUGGCAACGGUGUUUAACCACCUUCAACAAGUUGGCGUUGUUCUCAACCCGCCCAAAUGCAUCUUAGGUGUGCCCUCCCUAGAAUUUCUCGGUCCUCUGGUCGACUCUUACAGCAUUCGGCCUCUUCCCUCAAAGGUUGCCGCCAUUCGGGAAUUUCCACUCCCCACCUCGAAGUGUCAGUUGCAACGGUUGCUUGGUAUGGUGAACAUUUAUCGCCGGUUUCUCGCGAACUGUGCCGAUAACAUCCUACAUCUGACCAGUCUGCUCUCAGGUUCCAAGCGCACCUUUGAACUUACCCCAGCAGCACUCAAGUUAUUUGGGCAGGUAGAAGCCCUUCUGGCUGAUGCCAGCCUCCUGCCUCAAUUUCUCUGA